AUGGAUGCGGAGUGGGAGAAGCUUCGGAAGAAAACAUGUUGGCUCGAAGAAAAGGUUCGUGAGUACGAUGAUGUUGCCAACGAGGCACGCAAAAACAAUGCAAAGGUCCACUUCGGACGGAUCUUUGAAAUCUGCUUGCAGAAAGGAUCAGAGUUACCUGACGAGGAUCCCAACAAGAAGUGGAAGGGUAGAAGUGUUUUUCAGGGAAACCGUGUGCGUGACGCACAUCAUGACCAUGCCCUUUUCGCUGAGUUAGGUUCUUCCCCAGCCUCAAUGGAAUCAGGUAAAAUCCUUGACGCGUAUGGCUCGCAACCAGGCUUCUCGAAGCAGCAGGCGGACGCUAGACAAGCAUAUACCCAAGCACUUUUCGAAGGUAUAACUACAUGGGUUCGUUUGCCUAAGAAUCCUUGGCCCAGUUCCUGGAAAGGCUACCGAGACCCCGUAUGCCCGCUUCGAUUAGCCCUCUAUGGCCAUCCCGAUGCCGGCGGCAUUUGGGAGAAGCAUUGCGAGACCCAGCUUAAGUCUGUAGGAUGGAUUCCAAUAUUGCCCGAAAUAUGGCAAAGCGUUUUCUAUCAUCCUGAACUUGAGCUAAUGCUCGUCGUGUGCGUUGACGACUUUAAGAUGGCAGGUCCCACCAAGAACAUGGCCCAAGGUUGGAAGGACAUCAACAGCGUCAUUGAUAUGGAUCCUCCCGAAGCCCUCGGCCGUUACUUUGGUUGUAACCACGUAGAACAGCAACAAGUCUCCUGUCCCAAAUCCGAGCACCCUUUUGCCCGUGUCUUUGAGGGAAAGCCCGCAGCAAUUGCAAGGGGAAACCCAUCGCCGGUCAGGAGGGAGGAUUUCUGGGAAGUAGACUUAGAGGCUGGUGCAGUGGUUAGACAUCAUGUGUACCCAAGAAAGAAGCUGUACGUCCCAACUGAAGAUGACGUAUUAGCUUUUCCCAUGAUGGGCACCGCUCGUGUAACCGAGUUUGAUUCGAAGGAAGAGUUACAUGUCGACGACUUCAACCAGGGGAGUGAAGCUAAGUUUGACUGGUGGACCGGCAGAACCUAUUUCCCACUUGAUCGUGAAACCCCAGUGGAAGACUUCACUUACGCUCUUGCAUCUUACAAGAAGAAGAAUCCACGCAGCAAGACAGAAGCUAAGAACAAGGUCAAAGAAAGUAGGUUCAAGCCGCCCGAAUACAUCGUUAACAAACCAACCCCUUGUGUGGUCAACAAAGUCAACUCAGUAACCUACGGCAUGGAGGAUUUUCUUGGCACCUGUGUUGAGAAGUACUGCGAAUUGGCUAAGGUAGAUCGGAAAACCCUGAGGCAUGCUGCUACGCCUUUUCAUGAGGCCCGUGUCGCCAAGCCGGUGGAUCCAGACAAAGAGCCAGCUGGUAAGCUUGCGGGUAUUGCGUCACGCAUCCUCAUGAAGGUAUUCUUUGCAGCACGCAUGGCCCGCUGGGACCUUCUCCGUGCUACGCAAGCCCUC